AAUUUCUGAUCCAACAGCUACAAAACCUGAUGAUUGGGAUGAAGAAGCUCCAAGACAAAUUGUUGACCCUGAUGCUAAAAAACCUGAUGGUUGGUUAGAUGAUGAACCAGAAUUAUUACCUGACCCUAAGGCAGAGAAACCCAUGGACUGGGAUGAUGAAAUGGACGGAGAAUGGGAAGCACCACUAAUAACUAACCCUAAAUGCGAAAAAGUCGGUUGUGGAAAAUGGAAGGCUCCUAUGAUUGAUAAUCCCAAAUACAAAGGAAAAUGGAGGGCACCUCUGAUUGAUAAUCCUAAUUAUAAGGGUAAAUGGAAGCCUAAAAGAAUUCCUAAUCCUCAUUAUUUUCAAGACAAACAUCCAUACAAAAUGACUCCUAUAGCAGCUGUUGGUUUUGAAUUGUGGUCAAUGGUAGAUGGUAUAAUGUUUGACAAUGUUAUCAUAACGGAUGAUCUGUAUGUUGCUGAACACUGGGCUGCCGAGACAUUUGAUUUGAAACGAGAGCUUGCUGACCGUGAAACUGAUAAUACCAUCACUCGCCUUUUCAAGUACACAAAUAAGAAUCCCUGGCUUUGGGCUGUUUACCUUGUAGUUAUAGGUCUUCCUGUUGUCCUUUUUAUUAGUUUUUGUUGUACUUCCUCUCGUUCCCCUGCCACUAUUGCUGCACAAAGGGAAUUGGAGAAUAAACGCAAAAUGUAUGCCGGUAAGGAGGGCCCGGCAGAUGAAAAGAUGAGAGAAGUUCCAAAAGAGGCUACGAUUACGGAGGUAAAGGAGGAGGAAGAAGAAGAGGAAGAGGUGGAAGAACCACCCGAGGAAGAAGUGGAAUUGCUUGAUAAUGAAGAAAAUGAGAGGAAAGAAAAAGAAGAUGAUGAUAGUACGAAAAAAGAUGAUAAAGAAAAUAGUGACGAAGAAGAACUAUUAGAAGAACAGGAUGCUUCUGCCUCUGGAGAUUUUCCCAGACGACGAAGACCCCGCAAAGAAUAGUUUUCAAAUAAAUUCAUUUUGGGCCAUGGGGAUCGAAAAAAUAAAAAAAAAGUAUUGAAAAAAAAAUCAAGUGCCUAGUCAAAAGUUUUAGCUAUUAGAUCUGAAUAUCUUUAUGUAUCUAGUAGGCUAAUAGAAGAUUGAAAAGAAGAUCCAUGGCAUCCAUUGCACGUUAGUGAGUGGGUUUUGCAUUAAAGUUUGAUGCAUGUGUGUAUGCUUACUGUAUCUGUGAACUUACUUUAAAAAGCUGUAUUACUGAUUUUGCGUGUGAAUGCAGUGUGAAAAAAUAUUCAAAAAAAAAUUUCCUCCACAAUUUAUACUUAAAUAGGGACUCGAAGUGGCGUGUCGAACCUUCAUGUCAAUAUAAUCAUUUCAUUUUACCAUCUGAUCUUAACUUUUAAGAUGGUUUUAGUGCAUAGUGUUUAGAUGACUACAUUUCUUACAUUUAACUUAUAAAUUAUAUCUCUGAAACACUGAUAUACAUUUAUUUCUUUUAUUUAUCAGGGUAUAUGAUUUGUUUUAGCCUUUUAUUUCAGUGAAACCUCUCGGUAACGACCACUCUCUGUUCCACAAUAAAAUGGAGGUUGGUCGUCCUGAGAGGUUACUUCCGUCGACUUAUCAAAGGUACGCGAUUUUUCGGUUUUUACUUUACUCACUGUCUUUUUCUUGGUGUGAAAAUGCCAUUUACGUUGGCAUCAUGAAAACAGAACCGAUGAAUUAAAUUGAGUUUUAAUAAAAAUUACUCCUACUGAUGUAAUUAUGUGCAAAAAGCAGAUUUACCAAUUAAUAAAUGAUAGAAGUAUUUUAAAUAAAUAAACAAUUAUGUUUUUUGUUUGAAUUUAAUUUCGUAUCAUAAAAAUUUACUUUAAAAACAAGAGGUUUGUUUGUUUGAGACACUUAGUUUUUUUUUUUUAAAUAACUUUUUUUUUCUAAUUUAACUUUAAAACUAAAUCGCUGUUUACACCGUUUUUAGCACACUCUGACUGUAACAUGAGGUUGUCAAUCUCUUUCA